AUGCUGCUGCCGCCGCUGCCGUGCCCAGCGCGUUCGGGAGUGCGCGACCGGCCCGGCGACAAGGAUGCGGCAGAUCCGGCUUCCUGGAGGAGGGGCAGCCGCCCGGGCAGGGCAGGGCAGGGCCCCGAGCCGCAGGUGCGGAGCGGCAGGACGGGCCCGGCCCCAGCGAUGCUGCGCGGCUCCCGCUGCCGCCGCGCAGCUCCGUCCAGCAGGCGUCGGGCGGUGUCCCGGGAGCGCCGCGCCCGGGCGGGACCCCGCGCAGGGCCGCGCCCGCCCUCCCGGCGGCUCCGCGGCGGCCCCCGAGCUCCUCCCCUCCCUGGCGCCUCGGCGCUGCGCUGCCAGCGCGGCCGCGGCCCGGGGCAGCUCCGCCGUCCCGCCGGAGGGCGGGGCGGCUUUAGGGCGGGGCGGCGGGACCGGGGCUCAUCGCUCCGGGCGGCCCGGGCCGCGGUGACAGCGCGGCGGGAGCGGCACCGGCACCAUCCCCGCACUGCGCCCCUCCAGCCGCGCGGGGGCGCUGCCGCCGCCCCGGCCCCGCCCCGGCCCCGCCCCGGCCCGUCCUGUCCCGCGUGUCCCGGAAAGGCCCCGGGCCGUGACCGCCGGGCCAUGGCGGGGCUGUCCCGCACCCUCGGCAUCUUCGGCGCCUUCGCCGCCGUGGUGGGAGCCGCCUUCUACCCCAUUUACUUCCGGCCUCUGCUGCUGCCCGAGGAGUACAUGUGUUCCUGGACCUCUCAGAUUGAUUCCUGUUUUGGUCCCUGCCUCUCUUCUGAUCUUAGCUUCCACUUAAAUAUCUUUCUCCUCUAUGUCCUACAAGAAAGAACAAUCAAUAAACCGAGCUGGUAUUGUUCAAGAGGAUAUUCAGCCUGCAGGGUUAAAAGUGUGGUCUGAUCCAUUUGGAAGAAAGUAACGUUGGCGGCUGUGCAUAUUACAGAACUGAAGAUGGACAUCUUCAGCUGUUUCUUCUUUCACUGAAGUGUGACUUUGGGUGUUGCUGGAGAAGAAUUCUGAAUAUGCUGUGUGGGCACGUGAGGAGCAACAAAGGCUGCUGGUUGGAAUCCCAAGAGAUAAAAACAUGCUAGUUUUGACAGAGGAUGCUGGUGCAUAGCUCACAGACUCUUAGAGAGCUGAAUGAUUAUUGAGUAUAGAAGUGAAAUAUUUAUUUCCUUGAGAAAAGGGAAAAGGAUUUUUUUUGAAUCUGUAGACACUUGUAGAAUAAAUUAUGAAUAGAGUAAAUCAUGCUGCAGUUUCCUCCCUAGCUUGAGAUUUACUUUCUGUAGUUUUAUUUUGAAAGCACGGUAGAAGCAUAUAAUGGGAGAGAUCAGUGCAGAAAAUGCAACAUGGUUAGUGUAAAUUUGUACAUUAAAAUUUUUAAACCAA